AGCAAAAUUAUUUCUCGAAUAUGUCGCCCAUUCCUUGCUUUUUACCCAUUUGUCUCUAAUAAAAAAAAAUCAAAGGUUCACUAAGAAAUUUUGGUAAUACUGGAAAUGUUGUCGAUCAAAAACCCUAACCCUAGCUCCGGUUUGGAGCCCUUGAAGAGGUUCCAUCGUGCUUCUUCUUCUUCUUCUUCUUCUCCGAUGGCACUUUGCUCGUCACCGUCGUUACGGCUCAGACCGCCGGCUUACAGAGUCUCUCUCGCCGCUCCCAAAGGAUUUGCAGUUGGUUUUCGCUCACUCCAUUCACGGCUUCCCUUCCACCAUUCCGUCGUCGCUUUCGCAGCUUCUCACGAGGAAUCUAAGCAUUCAGAAAUGGAAGUUGAAGGAGAAAAGGAUGAAUUGGAAAUGGGGAGCGAAGAAGAAUCAAACGAAGCAUGGAAACAAGCUUUAGCUUCUUUUAAGGAACAAGCUUUGAAGUUGCAAAGCGUAUCCCUUGAAGCUUACGAAGUUCACUCCAAGAAAGCUUUGAUUACUCUUAAAGAAACUUCGGAGGUUCUCAAGGUUCAAGCUGAAAAGGCAAGAAAUGAUUUGACUGAAGUAGUCAAAGAAAUGAGUGAAGAAGGCAAAGAAUACCUCUCAACGGCUGCCGAUAAUUCCCCUCCUGAAGUCAAAGAAAUCGUUGAGACCUUCUCUUCGUCCGCCGAAGAUUUCAAUGACGUUUCCAAAGUUCAUGACUUUCAUGUCGGUAUUCCUUAUGGUUUUAUUCUUUCAGUUGGGGGAUUCCUUUCUUUCAUGGUGACAGGGAGUAUAUCUGCCAUUAGGUUUGGUAUUAUUCUAGGUGGAGCUCUUUUGGCAUUAAGUGUAUCGAGCUUAAAAUCUCAUAAAAGAGGAGAGUCGUCUCCCCUUGCCAUCAAAGGACAAGCAGUGAUCUCAUCUGUACUAUUUUUGAGGGAGUUAAGCUUGCUGAUUUUGAGAUCAACUCUGUGCUCCUUUCUCACUACCGUAAUCAGUGGUGCGGUGGUAGCAUUCUAUAUGUAUAAGCUUCUAUCGAAGGACAAGCCUCGCUUGGAACCUGGGACUGGAAAUUGAUGUGCUCUUUUGAGAAUUGACAGGUCUACUCGAGAAGCAUUCCCUCCCCCAUGCACCCACCGACACUCUGUUUCUCAGUAGAUAUUGGAUCAAAUCUUUUUAAGGAAGUGUACUUCCAUCCAUUUCUGAUUCCAGUGCUGAAAUAUUCCAGUUUUCGUUUACAUUUUUCUGAGAAGUUUAAUCUUAAACUGGCCCAGGGAGUGAUGAAAGAACAUAUAAAUACUGCAUUAUUCUAGGCUCCGAAGAAAGCAGAAUCGAUAGCCAAAGAACGAAGUAGAAGCUCUUGAAGAAUGUGGAGUUGCAGCAUUGUAGGUUUUGGUGUGACUUAGUUUUGGUUUUUCCGAUUUGUUGUGAAACCAUUAGGAUAUAUUAUAUGAAGAGUGUUGUGAGAGGUAAUUUAAAAGAAUGGAGCGAGUGUUUCAAGAUGGUAUGAUGAAAAUGUUUUUUUGGUUCUUACUAUAUGUCCAUUCUAACAGUAAUGUGGAUUUCUUGCCUGUUAAACUGUUAUAAAAAGGUGAAUAAAAAAUCAUGGUUUCAUAUCAAA